AUUUUAUAAUUUUUUAAAUACAUAACCUAAAAAUUUCAAACUUUUCAUAAUAAACUACUACAAUAUUUAUAUGCAUCGGAAGUGACUUGUGUCUCAUUAUUCAAUAUUGUCAGGACAGCACGUGUGCAUUCGACAUGUCUGUAUACGGUAGCACAGUCAUAAUGGGCGAAACCUCAGUGCGACCGCGACUUUUGAGUUGUUAUUCUAAAUCACAAUUUUCCCUGUCUGAUCCUGAGUCAAAUAGCCGAUGCUCUUUGGACAGCACACAGCGCUUAGGCAACAACACCACUCCAUUUAGGAAUAAAUCAAGGAUUGCCAGCAUAUGUAAAGGAAGAAGGGAGUGCAGUUUCGGCGCCCAAGUGUCCCAGAUUGGCGGCCAGUACUAUGUGACAUGUGUACAAAAGUACGAUGAUUUCGGUUACAGAUCAGGAGCUUAUAGGGCAGGUCUAAGCUUUGCGGAUCGCAUUUUGUCGAUAAAUCAGCUGGUGCCGGAUUCAAUUUCAGAUGUGCAAUCACUACUUGAUAACAGCGAACAUUUGACCAUUAUGUUUGAGCAGCAACCAGAUCUACUACAUGCCUGGGUGCCGUUGAAAAACGGAAGACUACGUGGAAUGACAACUACAGGGCAGCAUGUAGGGAAGGUUAAUGUAGGAGGUGUUGCGCAUAGGCUUGGUGUGAGGGAAGGACUCGCCAUCUUGGCUAUUGAUAGGCAAUGUAUAUUGGGAAUGAGCGACGAGGUCGUCAAUACGAUGAUCUGGAAACGAACGGGCAGCUUGCACAAAGAAGUACAACUCACAUUAGUAGAAAAGGCUGCACAUAGUGCAUUAUUAGACUGCCUGAAGAUGGCUGUGUGGGCACAGCAAAUACCGAUGAAUAUAUCGGAUUAUGUAAACCAUACCCUCCAACUUGAUAGGCCUCUCAGAAGGGUGGACUACCCUUGUAGAGUCGAAAUUAAUGACAGUUUUCUUUUCUAUUGGUCGUACAAAAUACGGCUUUGGAGACGCUUACAUCAGUAAUAAAAUCGUAAAG